AAUCACCCAAUUUCAGGGGAAAAUCUAAUUUUAAAUAUGUUGUACAUAUUAAAUAUUUCAUUUGCUCUUUUCGUUGCGUUCACAGGAGUGACGACUGCUGAACACAGGUGCACAUGUCCAAACAAAGCAUCCGGUGCUUUUUACGACUGCGAUUUGCCCGUUAGUGUUUAUGCUAACAAAAAGCGCUACCUCAUCUCUGAUAUUUUGACGAUGAACUGGUGGGAAUCCCUGGGCCACUGUCGUACAAUAAACAUGCACCUGGGUGUUGUUUUCAACUUGAACGAGUUGGAGAUUUUAAAAACAUCUGUACUACCAGGUGUGAAAUAUUGGCUCUCAGGCUACUCGAUCAACAACGUGACCGGCCAUUUCGUUUGGUUAAGUUCCGGUCUGGAAGUUCGGAAUGACUUUUGGCCCGAGGGACAACCUGCGGACGGUGACUGCGUCGUCGUCUCCGACGCCGGUCUCGCAUCUGCAAGCUGCAAGCAGCAGCUGCCAUUCAUCUGCCAACAGUACGACGCCUGAAGCUACGCGGGUUUUAAUCAAUUUGUAGUUUUAUAGCCCAAGGAUCGGAAAAAAGAAUACUCGAGAGUGUUUGCCUUCAUUUAGUUGAUUGUUUUUGAACCGGAGCGUUUAUUGCACGAUCCCUGAUGAAAAACCUUAGAUGGAAUAUUCUCUGGAAAAAGCUGAUGUAAUAACUUUCCUGUCUCGACACGCACAAAACAAAAGUAUAUACUUUUUAAAUUAUUAAUAUUUUUAAAUUAAUAUUAUGUAAAAUCUGUAUUAAUUAUUUACGCAGUAAUCUUUUUUUUAUUCUGACGUAUCAUCCUUUACUUUAACCUCCAGGGUAUAGAAUGGGUUAGUAAAGAAUGCAUCAGGGUAUAUGAAAGUUUAAUCCUACCUUACAUGCAUAAUAAUCUAGGCAGGAAAAACUCGUUACCAACUAAACUACCAAGUAUUAAAAAAAUGGUUUUAAAAUAACGAGUGAGCAGAGA